UCAACAUAUUGUUCGCUUUAUGCAGCUAUAUAAGUACUUGACAUAGGUGCUCCUUUGCUAUCAGCUCCAGAUCAUCAAUUCCUCAGCUAUCGUCGACCGCUCCCCCCCCUCCGUGCUCCGUUCACCUUGGUAGAACGCAUUAUCAUUUCGAAAUGGGUAUUUUCAUGGCUCACCCAACCUGGCACGAAAAUUCGAGUAACCGGCCAUUUGUGACUCAUUAUCAUGACAGGCGGGGUACUGGGCGGUCAAUAGAUGUCUACGGGAGGGACUUCCAGGUUAGCCAGGUGGCUUCCCUAGACGAAUGCGCAGCAACGUGCACGAACACGACCGGUUGCGUAGGCUCUCACUUCGACGGAAAGAGCUGUUAUAUGGCUGGAGCGCUUCCACCCAAUAGCAAUACCAGUGUCGAUGAGGUGAUUCGCACUCUGGGCAUCGCACCACUGCCUACCCUAUGGUCCUGUGGCGACAACCUGGACACUUAUUGCACCUCCGGCGGCCACGAAGCGAACACCGGCUGCGUUACCCCAGACAACUUCACGAUCCGUUGCUCAAGUAGCUUCCUCGGCAACGAUAUGGCUGAUGGCGUACAUACCAAGGUACAGUUCUCGGUUUGCUUGGAGAUGUGCCAUGCCAGGAAGGGCUGUAUAGCUGUUUCAUUCAAGCCCGAGAAUGCGACGUCUGUGGGGAGCUGCUAUCUGAAGGACUCUCUUCAUCUCGGGUUCGAGACUGCGGAUGUCAUGGGUGCCUACCUGUCCACUGGCAGUUCUGGCCAGCUUAUCGCGGACUGAAAUGUGCCGUUUCUCCAGACCACGCCAGCGGCUUCGGCAAGGCGUGAUCCGGCACACACCGUCUUGACAUGCAACUUUGCUUGGAGCUUAUAUUGACCAGGCGUGUUCCAGUAGGCAGGUGGAGAUGAUAUGGGCUCGGCAUGCAUCUUGUUCGCGAUCGUUUUGAUUCUAUUCGUUAGUAGAGAGAGCGAGAGAGAGAGAGAGAGAGAAGUGGGA